UUUUUGCAAAACAUGUACCUGUCUAAAACCUAAAAGUAUUAUUUUAAAAUGUAUUUAGUGAUUUUAAGUGCGUGUUUUUUACUGGUUAGUGGACAGGGAACUUAUGAGUUAAACAUAUUACAUUAUAAUGACUUCCAUGCAAGAUUUAUGGAAACAAGUCCGUGGGGGACGGUAUGUAACCCCCAAGCAGCUCCAUGUAUCGGAGGCUUCGCCCGCCUUACAACGGCGGUACGCAGUGGCUUGGAAAGGGAACCUCAUUCUUUGGUCCUGAACGCUGGUGACAGCUUUCAGGGUACUAUUUGGUACAAUAUAUUGAGAUGGAAUGUAACACAAGAUUUUAUGAAUAUGUUCCAUCAUGACGCGCAUGUACUAGGUAACCAUGAAUUUGACAAUGGCAUAGAAGGAGUAGUGCCCUACUUGCAACAUUUAGAAGCACCGAUGGUUACCGCUAAUAUCAUCGACGACGAUGAGCCUACAAUACAGGGUUUGUACCAGCCCAGUAUAAUAGUGGAAAAGAAUGGAAGAAGAAUUGGGAUCAUUGGCGUCAUAAUAGCUUCUACUAAUAUUCUUGCUUCUACCGGAAGGCUGCGUUUUACAGACGAGGUCGAGGUAGUGAGACAAGAGGCUGAGAAACUGCACGAACAAGGCAUUGACAUUAUCGUAGUGCUGUCGCAUUGUGGCAUUGAAAUUGACAGAGAAAUAGCACUCCACGGUGGUCCAUACAUAGACAUCAUCGUUGGUGGCCACAGUCACACGUUAUUGUACAACGAAGAUCCACCGGAAAAUAGCGCCUUCGUCCCUGAAGGACCUUAUCCUGUGGUGGUUGAACAGGAGACAAGACAGGUGUUGAUAGUACAAGCAGCGGCGCACACGCAAUAUUUGGGAGAAAUCAAAUUGUUCUUUGACGACGCCGGGAAUCUUCUCAAUUGGGAAGGCCAUCCACACUACCUGGGAAAUGAGGUAGUACAAGCACCGGAUGUUUUGGAGAAAAUAGCAUAUUAUCUCCCCCAGGUAGAUGACUUGGCCCGACAAGAAGUGGGGUCAUCCAUGGUUCAUCUUGGUGCCAGCUGUGCUUGCGGCGAGUGCAAUCUGGGCAGUUUUAUCUGUGACGCCUUUAUGCAUGCUGCCUUGCCAUUGGCCCAGGACGGUAACUGGAAUUACGCACAUUUCUGCGUCAUCAACCAAGGCGGCAUACGAGUAGACAUUGAGCCAGGAACAAUAACAUUCGAAGCCAUGCUUUUAUCGACCCCGUUUGAGAACAACGUGGAAGUUUUCCAGUUAAGAGGCGACCACAUUAUGGAAAUGCUAGAGUUUUCAGUCGCCAAUGAUCCUUAUAACGGGGCGAGGAUGCUUCAGGUUUCAGGGCUCCAUGCAGUCUUCGACGGUUCCAAGCCGGUUGGCAGCAGGGUUGUCACAGCGAGCGUUCGCUGCAUAGACUGCAGCGUCCCAAUGUACGAGCCUCUAAGAUUAGACAAGAAUUACACAAUGAUCUCUCAAAGCUUCAUCAGUGACGGAGGCGAUGGAUUCUCUAUGAUUUCUGAGAACCGCUUUGACGUUGAAGUAAUAGGAGUGGACUACGAUCUGUUGCAAGAUUACAUAAGGCACCAGUCGCCGGUUUUCAAGGAUGUCGACGGCCGUGUAGAAAUAUCCAACCCGUGCAGCGACUAGAAAUCAAAAUAAUACAAUAAUUACCUA